AUGGAAGACAUUGAUAGCCAACAAAACCUUGAAUUCGUUUGUGAACAAUGCAAACGUACUUUUUCUAAAAAGAGUAAAUUAUCUCGUCACGUUCGUGAAUCUCAUCUUAAUAUUAAGAACUUCACUUGCACAUAAUGCAACAAGACUUUCAAGCGUAAUUCCCAUUUGAAACGCCACAUGAUUUCUCACUCUGCUGAACCUAAACCAUUCAAAUGCAGCCAAUGUACUAUGCAAUUUGCUUGUAAGCACCACUUAGAAAGACAUAUCAAGACUCUUCAUGCUGAAGAUUUCCCUUUCUAAUGCGAAAUUUGUCCUUUAAGAUUCCCUAAACGUGCCUGCUUGUACAAGCACUUAACCUUCAUCCACAACUUAAAGAAGCCUUACAAAUGUGGUGAAUGUGACAAGGAUUUCUUCAAGAAUGGAUAACUUAUCCGCCACUUAAAGAGAGUUCACCCUAAUUCUUUCAAUGCUUAACAAUAACUCAUGGAAGCUUAAGACUACCAAAUCUAAUAACGCAUUCAAGCCAAUCUCGCUUUGAAAAACGAUAAAAAAGAUGGCAAAUUAUCCGCUGAUCCUACUAAAUACUCUAGCUAUAUGAAUAACUAAUCUAAUCCUACUGCUACUAUUUCCACCUUCAAUAACGAUAAUGCCUAUUACUCUGAAUCUUUCUAGAAGAAUCAGCAAAACGCUACUUGCUAUUACUAUUCACUUGAAAAUUAAAUAUAGAAUCUUAACAGUCUUAACGGAGUCUAACAAUAUUAACAAUAACAACAAUAGCCCUAAUCUUCUGCUACUUCUGUUAUUUCCUUCUCUUCUUCCUCUUAUCCUUCUUCCACCUCUCCUGCUAACUUCUACGACCAAAGCUAGUACUUCAAAAACAUGACUGAUAAGUAUGGUUAUGAUGAAAUCGAAGGCGAUUUAUAUGAUGAAGAAGAUGAUGAAGAUGAUGAUGAUGAUGAAUCUGAAGAUGAAAUCUACAAUAUGAUGUUUAAGCAAGGCGAACUUAAGAAUAAUAAGAAAAUUUAAUAAGAUGAUGAUGAAAAUUCAUUUUACCUCAUUUCUGCUGCUGCCAACGCAGCUUCUUUGAGACCUCCCCUCAAAAAGGAAAAGAAAAUAAAAAAAGAAUCUAAGAAUGCUCCUUUUGGUGGUAGAAAAUGUAAUUCUUCUGCAAAUAGAAAAUAAAGCACCAAGAACGAAGAAAUUUACAUGCUUGAUAACAACCAAAUCAAUAACUUCGAAGAAUAGAUGCUUCCUCUCCAAAAACGCAAGCUCAGCGAAGAAAUUUUCUGUCAUCUUGGCCUUAUUGGUAAUAGCACUGCCUAAAACAACUUCAAUAAUCUGAACUCCUACUUUUUGGCUGCUGAAGACGAACUUAACAACGCCAAUUAAUAGCUUUAAUUACAACAGUAACAAACAAUUGAAGGCUGCAGCGGACUCGAGAAUAACUUUUUGAAUUAUUCUUCUGCCUACUUGCCUUAAUCAUUCGGAUUAACUCCUGCAGGUGCUACUGUUGCUUAAAAUGCUGUAUGUUCUGCUUCAUAGGAAAAUAGCAGCAACGAAAAAUAAUAAUAAUAAUAAUAAAUAUGCACAGAAACAUUGAUAAAUAACGGUAGUAGCAGCAGUAGCAACGGCAACAACGUAGCAGUACAAUAAUAAUUUAUCAAUAAUAAUAACUUGAAUAAUAUAUAAAGUAAUAUUUAUUAUUAACAAAAACAUGAACAAGAAUAGUAAUGCACCGCCGCAGCCUCCUCCUAACAAUUUGGCAGCAAUACUUGGCCUUUAUGUUAGAGUGGCUCAGCUAUUUAAGGAAGUACAACAACAUAAAAAGUCUGCUACGUGCCUGGCUGCUCUACUUCAUCAAUGCAACCGACACAAAAAUAAUACUAACAACAGUAAUAAUAAUCACAAAAUUCUUACACAUAAACAUCACAAUAAUAGUUAACAUCCUAAGUUCCUGUGAUGAAUACUGCUACUGGUGUAUUUAAUAAACCUCAGCAACAAUAAUCAUCACAUUCCCUCGGAAUAUAAAAUAAUAAUAACUUUUCUCAUUAAUCUUCCUCUCAGUCUGAGCCUUUCUCAGUCAAGAAUGAAGACAACGGAAAUAAUACUCUCUUACCUAUUAUCUACCCUGUGGAGACUUUCUUCAACAACGCUCAAUACAGCCAAGAAGAAGCUGUCUAUCCAUCUCAAAGCAGCCAAUAGAACGAAGUGAACUUUGACUUCUUGAAUCUGAUGGAUUAUAACAACGGCAACUAGAACCACAAUAGCAGUACCAACUACCACCAAAUGCUUAACUCAGAUUUCCUCCAAAUGAAUAGCAUUUUGAUGAUGGACUACUCAUCCAAGCUCCAAAACUCUCAGUACUAGAUCCCUCAGAUUGUACUUCCUUUAUCUUAAAACGGCUUACAUAGUUCAUAACACAUUGGAAUUAACUAUGCUUCCAUUGCCAAAACUAUGUGA